AUGCGCUGGACCGAAGACAACAAAGAGAUUGUGUGUACACAAGCCCCUACCAUCCCUCUUCCGUUCUUUGAAAUAUACUCGUCAUCUCGCUGGCCCACAGAUCUAUCCGUAUCGGAAGAUCUUUGGAAUACCAUUUUUAAAACUCAAUCCUUCCACAUCGACCUUGAUGGUGUUGCUGCCGCGUGGCCCGGCGACGAUAAGCCAACCCCGAAAGCCCUAAAGGAGCAUCUGAGCAAGUACCGGAAGAGCCUCGGCGGUGAUAACAAGAUCACCUUCGGCAUGAGCGCCAAGCGCACGGCCGACGAUGGAGUUCCUGUUGGGAAGCCACGGAAGAAGGCCGGUGCUGGUGCUGCUGGAGGUACUGGUGCUGGCGUGCAGAAGACCCGGGCUGCGCCCAAAGGGAAGGGUGCUACGGCGGCGAAGGGGAGGAGUGCGAAUUCAAAGGGAAAAGGAAAGGCAGCGAUCAAAGAGGAAGUCCAGGAUGAGGAGCGCGACGAGGAGGAUACUGGCGAUGUCGACAUGGACGACGACGAACAGGAGCAGGGUGUCAAGGUGGAAUUCAACAAUGAGAGAGAAAUGUUUCCCGGGGUCGGUGCUGAGGUAGAUAGCCAGGAGACUCUGGACAUGCCGUUCAUCAAGCCCGAACCGGGCAUGGAAGAUGAUUUCUACUAA